AUGGUAACUUUAGCAGCACAAAUGAUUUUUGGGUAUAAUCAAUUGCGAGAAGGACAACUUGAAGCUGUAGAGUCAUAUUUAAGUAGUAAAGAUACAUUAGUAUCAUUGAAAACUGAAGAAGGAAAAACGUUUUAUUAUGCAAUUUUCGCAUUGCUUUUCAAAGAAAUAACAAUAGUUAUCAGUCUGUUAAAGGCUUUAAUGGAAGAUCAAAAGCAGGAGUUGAUACAUUUUGGUAUACUUUAUGCGUCAAUUUACGUGAAUACUACACAAGAAAAAAUUAAACAAAAUAAAAUAUUUGAAGAAAUUGCUCUUGGAUUUAUAAAAAUUAUAGUAAUUUUAGAUGUUCAAAACAUCUGUGCAUUACUCGUAAUACCAUUUGAAAGUCUUUCUGUAAUCUGGAAUUCUUCAUUUGAACGUAAAGAAAUAGUUGUAAAAAUAUAUAUAAGAAAAGAUAAUCACGAAACCUUUUCAAAUGACCUUUUAAAUUUAAUUAAAGAAGUUGAAAAAGGAAAAAUUAUUAUUUACUGUGUAAUACAAUUGAGAUGUGAUAACUUUUUUGUGAUACUAGAUCCACUUUUACUAGAUGACGACCUGGGUAUAUAUCAUGGAGGUUUAGGCGAUGAAUAA